CCUCAUUAGUAUUGGCGAUAUCUGCGUCACUUCCGGUAACCACCUGUCACAUGACAGCAUCCUCUUGUCAGGAUGGCGGACGAUCUGCCUACGGAGUUUGAUGUUGUCAUCCUCGGGACUGGCCUUCCCGAGACCAUCAUUGCUGCUGCAUGCACCAGAACUGGGCAGCGGGUCCUUCAUGUAGAUGCGAGGAAUUACUAUGGUGGGAAUUGGGCCAGCUUUACAUUUUCAGGGUUACAGACCUGGAUUGAAAACUGUAAGCAAGAGACGAACACUGAUUUAGCUGAAUCAUGUCAGGGUCAAGCCUUAGACAAUGAAGAAAUAAUUCCAUUUAACAAGAGAAACCAAACCAUUCAGAAUGUUGAGGUCUUCUGUUACUCCAGUAAGGAAGAUGGAGAAAAUGUUGAAGAAGCCGGAGCACUAAACAUAAACCCUGCACUGCUGAUCACUGCUACCACUGCAGCAGAUUCUGAAACCAAGACAGCUCUUCAAGAGAACACAUCUACCGAAAUAAGUCAAAAUCACACAUCUACAGUAACAGAAAAGCAUGACAAUCCUAAAGAAAGUGAUUUGGAAGAGGCGGCGAGUAGUGACCAACGGUCAGCAAAUUCUACGCUGGAGACUGGUGCCACAAUAGAAGUGGAACCAUCCCCAGCCCAGGUCAAUGAGAAGGACUUAGCUAAAACAGUUACCUAUUCCCAGAUUAUGAAAGAAGGAAGAAGAUUUAAUAUUGAUUUAGUGGCAAAGUUUCUGUAUUCCCGAGGCCUGUUAAUUGAGCUGCUCAUCAAAUCAAAUGUUAGCCGUUACACUGAGUUUAAGAAUGUUACCCGGAUUUUAACUUAUCACGAUGGAAAAAUUGAGCAGGUACCUUGUUCAAGAGCAGAUGUAUUUGCUAGUAAACAACUUUCUAUGGUAGAAAAGAGGAUAUUGAUGAAAUUUCUAAUGCACUAUGUAGACUAUGAGCUUCAUCCCGAAGACUAUCAAGAUUAUGAAAAUUCAACUUUUUUAGAGUUUUUAAAGUCCAAACAGUUGACUCCAACUUUGCAGCACUUUGUUCUGUACUCCAUUGCGAUGGUACCAGAAAGUGCCAAAACUGUAGAAGGGUUAAAAGCAAUGCAACAUUUCCUUAAGUGCCUUGGACGAUAUGGCAAUACUCCUUUUCUCUUCCCUAUGUAUGGCUUGGGAGAGAUUCCACAGUGCUUCUGCAGGAUGUGUGCUGUAUUCGGAGGAGUCUAUUGUCUUCACCAUUCGCUGGAGUGCCUAGUAGUAGAUGAAGAUUCAAAGCUGUGUAAAGCUGUCAUUGACCAUAGAGGUAAACGAGUAGACUGCAAAUACCUGGUUGUGGAGGAUAGCUACCUUCCUGAGCAAAUCUGUGCAAAUGUAUCUUACAAACAAAUCUCACGAGCAGUCCUUAUUACAGACUGUUCUAUAUUGAACUCGGAAUCCAACCAAGAGAUUUCUGUUUUGACAUUCCCACCAUCAGACAAAGGACAAAAUGCUGUCUACUUAACUGAACUCUGCUCAUCAACAAUGACUUGCAUGAAAAACACAUACCUUGUACAUCUUACAUGUUCAUCAACAAAAGCAUCAGCCAAAGAAGAUCUGGAACCGGUUGUGCAGCAGUUAUUUACUCUGAGCACAGAGAAAGAUCUUGAAUCAAACGACCCACCAAAACCCAAAGUUCUCUGGGCUCUGUAUUUCAAUAUGAGGGAUUCCUCUGGUGUACCACGCCAAUCUUAUGUUGGGCUUCCCUCAAAUGUGUAUGUUUGCAGUGGGCCAGACCAUUGUUUUGGAAAUGAUAAUGCAGUACAGCAGGCAGAAGAUAUAUUCCAGAAACUUUAUCCAAGUGAGGAAUUCUGCCCACCAGCUCCAAACCCAGAAGACAUUGUCUAUGAUGCAGACUGUGCUCAGCAAGAACCAAUUCCUGUAGAUUCAAAAGCAGAGGCUUCUGCUGAACAUGGAACUGUACCAAACUCAUAUGAAGACACAGAAGGAGAGAAGGCAGAAUAAGUUCUUUGCCUGGAUGCAUGUUAUUUAUUUCCAGAUCUCAUGCCAUUCCUGUAUGAGUACAAACUUAAGAGCUGUUAAACUACACAUAUCCUAAUGCAGUCCAUAUCCAAAUAUAUGGCUAAAGAAUGUCAAGUGUAACUGUGCCUGCAAAUUCCUUCAUCUGUAAUGUUUUCCUUGGAGGACAACCAGUUUACAAGGGUCCAUUAUGUCUAUAUGAAUAAAGUAUCUGUUGUUUGAGCCUGUUUUUCUGAACUCUCGAUUGCUGACAAGGAAAUUAAUUCAUUUCACAGGAGAGUGUGAAUAAAAUUAAUCUAAAUUGUU